AUGCGACCAAGAGUCCAGCACGUGCGCGAGGCAAAGCGGUGUACGCUCAACUAUGUGAUUCCCAUUUCCGAUAAUGGUGGAAGUACGAGCGAGGUGAUUCGUGUAUUUGGCGGUCCAGGCAUCGGAGACGUGCGGUCACGUCUCGUCCGGCUCAUCCCCGAGAACGGGUCCGAUGAAACGGUAGCGAUUCGCCAAUUCUUCAACCACCGCCUGCCCAAGUCGGUCGAGGCCUCGCGGGCCGAGUGGGCCGACAUCGUAGAGGGCGUGCACCCGUCGUGGGAGGGUAUAUCAAGCCGUCAAGCGCAUGCGGCCGAGCAGCCGCUUCGACUACUCGGCCGCGAGCGUCGGCAACCUCUUUUUGACGGGGCCCGGCUCUUCACCGGCAGCUUCGAGGCCGCCAUCCACCUCUUCAGCUCCGUCUGCAACAUGCCGGACAAGGUGACGGUCCUGCCGGCCCUCAACAGCAAUUUCGCCCACCACAUCGCCGCCAUGCUGGCCAACGGGGACGUCAUCACGGGCCAAAACGACAUUUCCCACCCUAGCGUCCCCACGGCCGCCGUCCCCAGCCCCAAUGCCGCGCUCUACCCGGCCUGGCUGCGGAGCCAGAGCGACACGGAGGAGCACGACAAGGUCGAGGACGCCAACUUGCCGGGGACGCUGCCGGCCCUCCGGAAACCCGCCAUCAGCUUCUCCAAGGACCAGGAGGAGGAGCUCCCUGCCCGCAUCGGGCGCGUGUGGUACAUUAACCCGUACGGCCAGGAGAUCCGUAUCGCCGCCAACCCCCGCGUGGUCCAGGCUCUGGAGCAGAGCGACAGCGUGGUCUACAGCAUCGGCUCCCUCUUCACCUCCCUCAUCCCCAACUUGGUUCUCAAGGGUGUCGGUGACGUCAUCGCCACCAACCCCGCCAUCCGGAGCAAGGUGCUCAUCCUCAACGGCACGCUCGACCGCGAGACUGGUCCUUCCUCCGACCCCUUCACCGCCCUCGACUUCGUGGCCGCCAUCGCGCGCGCUUGCUCAUAUUCCCGUGGCAAAGCACCUCCUUCCGAGGACGAGUACUCCCUCUACGUCACGCACGUGAUUUACCUCGAAGGCCCCUCUUCGCCCGUUGUCGACAAGAAGCGGUUCGAAAACCUUAGUAUCGAAACCACUAGGCUAUACGGACCUAGUCGGAAUCUAGCCUCGGGGGUUCUGGCAGAAAGGAUCUAA